CUCGUCGGUGCGCGCGCGCGGGGCUCGGCGCUGCGGGGCGCUGCCGCGAUGGGGCCGCGGCUGCUGCUGCUGCCGCUCGGGUGCCUCGCGCUGCUGCUGCCGCCUCCGCCCGGCGCCGCCGAGUUCAGCCCCUCCCUGGACAGCGACUUCACGUUCACGCUGCCCGCCGGCCGCAAGGAGUGCUUCUACCAGCCCAUGCGCAAGGAGGCCUCGCUGGAGCUCGAGUACCAGGUUCUAGACGGAGCGGGAUUAGAUGUUGAUUUUCAUCUGCUCUCCCCAAAAGGUGAAACUCUAGUUUUUGAUGAAAGAAAAUCAGAUGGAGUUCAUACUGUGGAAACAGAAGAUGGAGAUUACAUGUUCUGCUUUGACAACACAUUCAGUACCAUUUCUGAAAAGGUGAUUUUCUUUGAAUUGAUCCUGGACAAUAUGGGAGAAGACGGUCAGGAUGAGGAAGACUGGAAGAAAUAUGUUACAGGCACAGAUCUCCUAGACAUGAAGUUGGAAGAUAUUCUGGAAUCCAUCAACAGUGUCAAAGCCAGAUUAAGUAAAAGUGUCCAGAUUCAGACCCUGCUCAGAGCAUUUGAGGCUCGUGACCGAAACAUUCAAGAAAGCAACUUUGACAGAGUGAAUUUCUGGUCCAUGGUCAACUUGGGAGUAAUGGUGGUGGUAUCAGCUGUUCAGGUUUACAUGUUGAAAAGUCUCUUUGAAGACAAGAGGAAAAGUAGAACUUAAUAUUCAUUAAUGUUCUUAUUAUAAUCAUAACAAUAUAACAGGUAUGGGGCAGAAGGGGAGCAAUAAACUACAGUAAAGACAAUAAACAUCUUUCAGAUUCUUUUGAACAGACAGUAAAAAAUCAGGUUUUCAAUUCUUAUUGGACAUUUUGGAUGUGAUAGUGCUGGUCUUGUUUGUGUUUGGAGGUUUUCUGUUGUUUUUUGUGGUGGUUGGUUGUUUUUUUUUUAAACACAGACAUAAGGCCUCUUUCCAAGCUCUCCCAUUUUUCCAAAUGCUACUAUUUUUUAUACUUUUAGGAUUUGUUAAUGAUUGUUAAUUCCUACCUUAUGCAUACCACACUUGGUGCAUAUGCAAAGUAAUGUUAAUAUAACUGUCAUUGUCUUCAUUUUCACAAAAGUUCUAGUAACUUAGACAUUGGUUUAGUUGCUGUUAAAUACUGAGUGAAUUUACAUGUGCCUAAGUUUACAGAAUUGGUAGUUACUGUCAUUUUUCUUCAAAGUUACAUGUUUCUUAAAAUCCUUAGUUUUUGUUCUUUGGCAUCAUGAAGAAACACUGGGCUAACUGUGUAAGAACAUGAAAUCUCUUUUUAUAACAGAUGACUAAUAUCAGCACUUUAAAGAAAAGCACCAUCAAUGUGAAAUUGAGGCAGUCUUGAAAAACAAUUGGAGAAAAUAAAUACAAUUGCUGUUCAUAAAUCCUUCUGUCCUCUAGUUGCAAAAUCCUGUUCUCCUUUUUGGUUGUUAGAUGAGACAAGUGACUGUGUGGUACACAAACAAAUACAGGCACAUGUUGAAGUAUGAUUUGCAAGUUCUUAGUUACUGUAACCUCAUGUAAUAGAUAAUUAUUUACAAAGUAAUUUCUCAUGUUUAAUCCUUUUAAUAAAGGCAGGGGGUGUUCAUGGUGUGCCAAAACAAACAUUGAUUGUUGUAGUCUCAAAAUCCCACUUUAUUACAACUGUGACUAAUGUUACAGUCAGGUACAGACUUACAAAGGCAUAUAAAACCAAAGCUGUUCACCUCAACCUGAACUUUUUUUGCUCAACCUCACAAGUCUUUCAGCUGUAUAAGCACAUUCUUCACAUAACCCAUGUUUCUGUACCUAGCUGUUCAUCUUAAAAAGGCACAAAUCACAGGAGCAGGAAGUACAGGCCUCAAGUUUUAUGAUCAACUGAAUAUGUAGUAUCACUAAGGCAAAGCUAGUACCAAAUCAGAAAUUUAUAAUACCUGGCUAAGUGGCUUUUAACAGUGUUGUGAAGGUAUAGUUUUUGCCAAAACCCCUGGUGUGUGAAAAUUAACUUUUAAAGUAGUUUCAAGUUAGUACUUUUUACAAUGUGCCAAGUCUUUUAUAAAUGUGUUAACUGCAUUUCAGCAUAAGAGUUUUUUAAAAACUUUAUUAAAAACACUUUUUUAAAAGGUGUUUUCAAGGGUAUAUGUUCUGCCUGUUGUGGAGUCGUCUGUAUGAAUGGCAGUUACAACUUUGAGACUUUCUGUGAUUAAAGUGUUUUAUGAAUAAAAACAGGGUCAAUAGGUGCAUUGAAGAAAUAUGUUGUUCAAAUGAAAGAGAUACUAGCAAGGGCUACAGAACAUAGAAACAGCACUUCAGCUUCAACUUCAGAGAAGAGGACCUAGCAAUAAUAUUUCUAAAUAGUUUUUAUAAGCAAAAUUAUUAUUAUUGCAGAACUUGUUAUAGAGGGCUCCAAAGGCUGUCAGGCUACUUCAUCUUUCUGCAAAGCUGUGUCCAGAAUAAGACUGUACCCCUUUAAGGUUUUGUGUAUCUUACUUCUAUAUGAUGCUUUCUAUUCUUAACUGCCCAGAAAUAGAAAGUUUGUUUCUGUGAUAAGAACAAUGUCUAGGAAAAAAUAAUUCUUUCAGCUAGAGUAGCAGUCCCUCUCCCAGUAGCACUAUACCAUGUUAACAUCUUUGCUUGCAUCACCAUGUGUGAUGCUCCAAACCACCUGCAAAAUGCUAAACCAGCUUUGAGAAGGUGUGACAAAGACAUCUACCUCUGCUCUCCAAGCUACUAGAGUCAAGGUUUCAGCUUAGAACUUCCAACAGAUAUGCUCUGCCAAGUUUUCCAAGGGCACCUUAAGGGAUUGGGUUCCCCAGCUGCUCUGCUGUGCCUGUGUAGCUACACACCAGUGGCAAAACAGUUUGGUGUCCCAGUUGAACCUGCUACUGGAUGCAGCAUGCUCUGAUCAGACUGCUGCAGGUCAGUGUCUCCUGUUACAAACAGCCAUCUCUGGGAGAAGGAAAAUGCAACAAUCUGCAGCAGAAUUCAUCUGGAAGAAAUUACUAUUUUGCAAUGAAGAGCUCUGACUGUAUUUGCUUUUCAUUUGAGGUCCACUAUAGAAAAUGAAAGAGGGAAUAACUAGAAAGGUUCAUUGACUUUGGCAGCUGGAAUGUUUACGAUAGGUGAAGGAUUUGGUAUUCAAACUUGCAGUUAAGUAAAAUUGUACUUGGAUUUUGAAGAGUAGAUUGCUUUUGACUGUAUAAAAUUUACAAAGGAGAAUAUAAAUUACCGUUUUUUUUCUUAAUGGACUUUUUAUUCAGAAUUAAAUGUUUUAAGACUUGGAGAUGUUGAAUAAUUAUGCAAAACUGAGAUUUUCAAUAAAUCAAGUUUAAACCUG